AUGGCCACCGUCCGGUCUUCCCUCCCUCACGAGGAUAGGACCGCGGCAGAGCCGCGGGAGAAUCGAAUAGAGUCGGUCAUUCUAUCACAGAUCAGGCAAAUCAACGACGACAUUCGUCUGCUCCGACUCAGUGCCGUGGAUCCUAACCAUUCCAUCGCCUUUUCCCCAGGACAGUGGCUGGACACUUAUAUACCCGGAAUCCCCAAAGCAGGUGGGUUCACCAUCACUUCAACGCCCAGAGAAGCUCGGCCAUCGACGCAUUCGGCGCCGUAUCUAGAGCUGGCAAUCCAGAAAAGUCGUAAUCCCCCGGCUCAGUGGCUGUGGCAGCCGGAGCAAGACAUUCUGGGCUCGCGUCUUGCUGUGCGCGUUGGCGGGAGCUUUAUCUGGCCUCCACCUCAGCUGGAGACUUCGAGGAUCAAUCGUUUGGUGUUGAUUGCUGGGGGUGUUGGCAUCAAGAUAUUGUUCCUGCCGCGACUGAUGGAUCUCGUAGCUGCUGCAGAGAGCGUCGAUGUAACCCUGAAUCUUUUCCUCACCGGCUCGGGUGAUGCAGGACGCAUAGAACACGGAAAGCUGCCCAACCACACGUUCGCGGGAAGAGUCCAACACGCAGACUUGCUCUCUGCUCUGGAUGGCUACUCUCGGCAGCAUCAUGAUCCCAACACACAUCGCGCUGGGACGGUGUGUUACGUUUGCGGCCCACCACAGAUGACGGACGACUUUGUGGAGUUUCUGUCUCAACAGCGCGGCAUCCGUCGAGAGCACGUGCUUUGCGAGAAGUGGUGGUAG